CCGGGCUCGAGUCUCGACCUCCUUCCUCCCGGCUAGGCCCCGGGGCGGAGGACGGCACCGGACAGCGCGGCGCGGGGGACCGGGAUGGACGCGGCGGGCGCGGACUGGCUCCUGGUCCCGCUGCAGCGCCUGGUGUCCUGGGGCGCCGCCGGGGCCCUGGUCUUCGGAGGGGUGGUGCCGUACAUCCCGCAGUACAGGGACAUCCGGAGGGCGCAGAACGCCGACGGCUUCUCCACCUACGUGUGUCUGGUGCUUCUGGUGGCCAAUAUCUUACGGAUACUCUUCUGGUUUGGGAGGCAUUUUGAGUCUCCUCUCCUGUGGCAGAGCAUAGUUAUGAUUCUGACCAUGCUGCUGAUGUUGAAGCUCUGCACUGAACUCCGCGUGGUGAAUGAACUGCACGUGAGGCGCCGCUCCUUUGCAGCUGCUGAUAGGAAGGAUGAAGAAGUCAAAGCCCCCCCCAGGCGGUCCUAUCUGGCUGGAAUUUGCAGAGUGGAAGCCUUCUGCUGGUCUAGCUGGGGUGUCUGCCCUUCUUCUCAAAAGGUGGCCUCAAGGAGUGGCUCUGCUUCCUUCACACAGGGCUGCCAGGCCACCCAGCUAGGGUUUCCUGGGCACCUGCCAUCCCUCUGCUGCCCUCAAGAGCGCUCAUCCACUUGUGACUUCGAUCCCCACCACUUCUGGCACUGGAGCAGCUUCUCAGACUACGUUCAGUGUGUCCUAGCCUUCACAGGUGUGGCGGGCUACAUCACGUACCUGUGCAUUGACUCGGCCCUGUUUGUGGAGACCCUGGGCUUCCUGGCCGUGCUGACUGAGGCCAUGCUGGGCGUGCCACAGCUGUACCGCAACCACCGCCAUCGCUCCACGGAGGGCAUGAGUGUCAAGAUGGUGCUCAUGUGGACAAGCGGUGACACCUUCAAGACGGCCUACUUCCUGCUGAACGGCGCACCCCUGCAGUUCUCCGUGUGUGGCCUGCUGCAGGUGCUGGUGGACCUGGCCAUCCUGGGGCAGGCCUAUGCCUUCGCCCGCCACCCCCAGAAGCCUGCACCCCAUGCAGUGCACCCUGCCAGUGCCAAGGCCCUCUGAAGAGGCAGGAGACAGGACGUGUGACCCUGGCCAUGGGUGCCGGCCGGCCCUGGCCUCCCUGCAUGGGGGUUGGGCACACGGGCCCUGCAGGGGCCAGGCGGGUGUGGAGAGAUGGUAUCUGGGUAUUGGGUCUCCAUUCAUCUCUGCCUGGGGUCCUGGGGCAGGUGGGGGUGGGGAUGGGGUUUGUCCCCAAGGACAGCAGAGUGCAUCUCACACUCCAAGGCCAUGUGUUGGGUGUUUUUAAGGUGAUGGAAAAACCAAGUGUUUUCUCCCACUUCCUAUCAAAAACACCUGGCUUGGACCUGAAAUAUGCUCAUCAACCCGGGAGUUGGCAACCUUAGGGUUGCUGAAGGUGCGGGGCCCUUGGGAGCCUUCUCCGAGUCCCAGACCAGCCUCUCAGAUCUGCCUCAGUGUGCAGGCUGGGGCCAACGAGGCCUGCAGCCCACAGGCAGGACUCAUGUGCCGGGCAGGUGAGUCUCGAGGCUGGGGAUGUGGAGGCGAGAGGAAGAUGUGGCGUCAGAAGCUCACCAUGUCCUGUGAACAGAGCCUGUGGACUCCAUGUGACCCCGACCAGACGCCCUAGAUGGACUGGGCAGCCCAAAGUCGGCCAGGGUUUCUCUUCCCUGGUACAUGUGGGAAUGAGGCCUUGAGGACGCAGAGAGCCGACCGCCUCCUGGGGCUGGCCCUGCCACUGUGGUGCCCCACAGGGCUGAGACAUCUGGGUGCUGCCCCUUCCCGGGAGAUGCUGUGUGGACUGUGUAGAGUGAGCUGUAUCUACGCCUGGCCAGCCUUGCCGGAGCGAGCUCAGGCAUGUUCGAGUUAGAGCCAGUUCUACUCGAGUCCAGAGGACAUGGCAGGUGUGAGGAACCCCAGACCUUGUGGGCUUGUGGCAAGGCUGAGGGGGUGGGUUCAAGGCUGUGCAGAUGCAGCCUGGCUACCUCCUGGAGGAGGCUCCGCUUGCGAAGAUUCUCCGAAUUCUGGGUGUCAUGCACACAGGCCACACACAGCCCGGAUCUGUUUUCCAGGACAGAGGCCAGCUUCGGGUCAGAGGUGGGGAUGCUGAGAGCAGGCGUCCUGUUAGCGUGCAGGGUCCUGGCUGCUGGGACAUACUCUCUGCUGCCGCUGCCCUGGGUGCCCUGCCAUUCUCUGUCCACCCAGCAUGCUGGGUCCACAGGUCCACGCUGGCUGCGUCUGGCUGUGGUGGAAGCCACUGACCGACAUUCUCUUCCCGUAUUCUGCCCCCACCCUGCCCCUUUCAGUUGAAUACAAGGUCACGCCGGGCUCAGCCCUGUGCUGACUCCAGCCAGCUCCCAGGCCCAGUGUUCUAGAUACUUCUGUAUGCCCCCACGGGCACCCUCUUCCCUUCUGCUGGCGGAGGGGCUGUGCCGAUGCUGCCCGCGCUUAGCACCAAAGCUCGACGACAGUGUUAUUUACUGUGGCCGCUGGGAAUCAUUCAAAGCGGUUUCCUCCUCCUGAGUUUUCCUCAGAAAAACUCUUUGAAUGUGGUGAGUGAGGACCUCAUUUAGCUCACUCAGGCUACUUUGAAAAUGUUUAUUUUUUUAAAAUGAAGUGAGAUGUCAGUAGCAGUAAUUGCCUCCAAAUUAAAACACCACUGGUUGCAGGCAUGGUGACUGGUGAACGAAUGUACCCCCCACAUGGCGGCUUUGAAUCAAUAAACUGUUUGAGGAUA